UAAGUGUACAAUCAAUUUACGUUCGCUACAAUAAUAGUUAUUGUGUAAUUACUCAGGUACAGACAUAAAUACGACGUCGAACUACGUAGUCCGGAACGUCUACUAAGAAUAGAAAUAGAGUAGCAAUUUAUUUUUGUCAUCUAAGCAAAUCUUCAGUAAGUACAUGUCAGCGAGAACAUUUAUUGUUAAAUAGUAAAUGCUUUGUACAUUUACUUGUGUUUCACAUUUUAAAAUAUUUAUAACAUAAGAUGAGUAACUACUCGUAAAUGUUGUAAAUGAAAAAGUUUCUUCCGAAAUCGUUUAGUCACAGGGCGGCUAUAAUUGUCACCGAAGCUCAUCAAUCAAUCACCUGCGUAGUGAGAGGGGCGGCGGAGAGCGGCGGGCGGGGCGGAGGCGGGGCGCUCACCUGACUGAUGCCCAAGCGCUGCGUCCUCCGCCGGCGUCAGUCCGCGCCGCGAGCCCGCCGUCCCCGAGCGUCGGCGUCGAACGCGCCGUGUUAUUGCGCUACGCGAUAAGAUGCCUCUAUUUUCCGAACACAUUUCGAACAUGUAUUACAGUGGAACUCCAUCGUAUACCAGCUCACCCUACAGCUACAGCAGCUCGUUGCUCCCAUUGGGGACGUCGUACAGUGCUUCAUAUCUUAAUCCCGGUGCCAGUUACAGUAACCAUUCGUCUUUAAGUGGAUACUCCCGAACGCCUGUGAGUUCAAGAUGGAUCUCGAGUGGAAGAUCAUAUUCGCCCAUGCUCAGCACGAUUUCCGAGCGUGGGACAUCCAGUCCGGUUAGAAUAAAUAGCCCUAGAAGGGCCCCAAUACAAAGUAGAUCUAAUAGAACAUAUAUUUCUGCAAAAUCUUAUACUCCACGACCUGUCAAUAUAAAUACGGCUGAUAUUGAUGUAUCACGUGACAAAUACCGCAGUAAAACUUCAUAUGCUCAAAGUGAUUGCCCUAAAAAAGAAGAGAAUUCAAAAGCAAAAGAGGAUGUAAGUCCGUUUAUGCCUAGGGUAGAAGACAAACCAGAAACUGGGAUAGACACUUCGCCUGGACAACGCGGUGCUAUAAAACGUGAACGUACUGUAGUACGCUUACAUACGCUGAAAAGAAAGGAGAGAGAUUCUCCUCGUAAACCGGUCGAAGAAAAACGAAAAGAGGAAUCUAACACAGAAAAAGAAUCCAAUAACGUAAAAACUAACGAAAAUGCUGGGGAAUCAAAAAGAUGGAGAGAGAAACUGUCUGAUGAUUUGAUUUAUAAAGAUACUAAAGAGAAAAAAACAUUAGGAGAAAAAUUAGUUGAAAAAUUUCAAGUGAAAAGUAAUGAUGUAGAUAAUGUUGAAGAGACUUUAAACAAACAACAAAAAACAGCGAUUUUACCUCUCGCAACACCACAUAAUACGGUUAAUAGCAAAUCCCCCGACAGAAGAUGUUCCAUGGAAAUGUUAGCAGAACAAGCAUGUUUAUUAGACUCACUUAUCAGAAGGGAAAAUCUUAGCACAGCAACGUUAGAUUUAAGUAAAAUUGGUACUGAUGAAGAUAAACCCGACACCAAGGAAUCUUGUCGAACAGAAGAAUUAAACAACUCAAAAACAUCACAAAUAAAAAGUUCUCCCUUGACUAAAACAAAAUCCGAUCAUUCAUUGAAUACACGUGUAAGUAACUUAAAAGAUCAAAAACCUCCUGCAAAAAGACAUAGUAUUAAAAAAUCUUCGUCGGGGAGUAGCAUUUCAAAACUAAAUUCAAUCGUAGAAAUACCUAAAGACCUGAGUCUAAAAAAUCUUCCGCCUAUUGAGGAAAGCAGGUCGUCGAUUGGUGAUAAAAAUGUCCAAGAAAAAACAAAAGUCAAACCUAAACUUAAAACAAAGAUCACAUCAACCGUCGAAAUUACGCCACCUUCUAGCCCAUUGAGAUUUAAGGUUGAAAAUGUGACAGUCGAGGAAAAACCUCGUCCACCGAGGAAAGAAAUCACGUUUAGAAGUGAAGUGGUCACUGAAGUUGAUAAACAAUCAUUGGGAGGUAAGAAUACUGAACAUUUGGUUCCAAGUAGUAAAAGAAAGAUUCAGGUUGAAAGCAACGAUCCUGCAUCUCCUGAACCUGAAGACGGCAAUUUUUGGAAUAAAAUUGGAAAACGAGAAACAGUAUAUUUAACCAAAAGAAAACAUCAAAUAGCAAAAGAAAAAGAUAAUCUCCAACGUGCUGUGUUUUGGUAUCCUGAAAGUGAAUUUGAAAACAGUGAAAUCAAUAACAAUAUUCAAGACAUUUCAAACAGUAGCGAAGAAUCAAAAGAUAAAACAACAAUCAGUGCAAGUGACAUUGAAGAGAUUAAAAAAACCAAAGAAUCCAAACAGACUGAUGAAAAAGUUAGCGCUUCUACUUCCGAUGGUCAAAAUUUAAACUAUGAUAGUGGGAAUAUUACCGCCAUAUCAAUUGAAAGUUCUCAAGCUGCUUCGGACAUUUCAAUAAAUAUCCCAAUAGACUAUAAUAAAGAACAAGUACCUGACACAAUUCCUGUGACAACUGAUAAAUUAGAAAAUGAACCGACACCGUUAAUCGAGAAUAACACUACUCCAAAGGAAAAACCUGCGGCGGUUACUAAAAAAGAUGUGGUAGGCGUUAAACAAAUUAAAGUAAAGGAAAGUUCCGAAAAAGGAAAGGUAAAAGUCUCAGGAAAAAAGAACAAUUCCUCUAAGAAAGAGAAAUUAGACGGAAAAGAUCAAAAUGAUGAGAUUAAAAAGAGUACUCAAGGGAAAAAGCUCAAGCGUAUAACGCCAAAGAAAAAUGUCAAAUCAGAGGGAUCAGAAAAAUUACAAAAAGAUAUAAACGAGAAAGAAUCGGAGAGAAAUACGUUUGAUAUUUCUACUAAAGAAUUAUUAGAAAACCGUACAAAAGAAAUUGUAAAUGAUACUGAAUCAAAUAACAAAGAUAUUAUUGAGAAAACAAAAUUAAAUAAAAAAGCAUUGCAUGAAAAAGUUGAACCAAGUAAUGAUGAUCAUAAAAAGUUACUAGACAAGGAAAUAAACAGUAGCAAUAAUUUGAAUAACAUGACUUCUACGGAUUCCAGUUCAUGCUCCAAUGAAAAUCAAGUACAGCUUAGCUUAGAAGAAGUAGGAGAAGAUUUAUGUAGCAAUAAAGAUGUGACAAACGAAAAAAGUGAUAUUACGCCUUUAGAAAUCCCAAACAUUCCAAGUGACAAUACCGAAAUAUGUAAAAUAACAAUAGUAGAAUCAAAAGACGUAAGUGACAGCUUGAAACAAAAACAAAUCGAAAAUACAAGACAAAAUUCGGUUAAACACAAUGCGAUUCUAAAGCCGGUUAAACCCGUGAAGGAAGAAAAGGCACUGAAACCAUUAAUUGCAACACCGAGACCUCUUCAGAAGAAAGUUCCACUACAAAUUCGAUCAACAAGUUCAUCAGAAUCUUCGUCUGAUGAAGAAACAUCAGAUGAUGAGGAAGAAGAGACGACUUCUAGCGAAGGUUCUGGAGAGUUCUACGAAUGUGAUAAUGUCGACGGCAGAACGUCUACCGGAUCCAAUGAUUCCGGUUUUGAUUCUUCCGCUUCCACGUCGCCUGCGGGAUUCAACUGGGUUAGAAAAGACUGCGAUUAUAACUGCCAUAGAAAGUGUGAGAAAUUGACAGCAAACUUAUGCGGAGUGAACCAGAGGCUUUUGGUCGAAGCUCUUGCGACUCGCACCGCGUCUAAAAAAGGUGGAGAGUGCCCCAGCACGUCAGGCAAUGCGACGCAACCCCUAGGGUCUGAUAUCUUAGAACGAGAGCUCGAACAAUCAACCGCAUACGGGCUGUUCAGAAAGACUGGCCGGUUCACGCCUCCCGCUCGCACUAUUCCUCGCUUUAGAAAGUACGUUAUUGAAGACUUCCAGUUUAUUAAAGUGCUGGGAAAAGGCAGUUUUGGCAAGGUGUUACUUGCAGAGUUGAGAGAUACAGAGUAUUACUACGCCGUAAAGUGUUUGAAGAAAGACGUUGUACUAGAAGACGAUGAUGUGGAAUGCACACUGAUAGAACGAAAGGUCCUUGCGCUGGGAACCAACCAUCCAUACUUAUGUCACCUCUUUGCUACUUUCCAAACUGAUUCUCAUUUGUUCUUCGUGAUGGAGUACCUAAACGGUGGCGAUCUGAUGUUCCACAUCCAGCAAAGCGGCCGCUUCCCGGAGCUCCGCGCUAGGUUCUACGCCGCAGAGAUCGUCUCUGGGCUCAAGUUCUUGCACAAACGCGGUAUUAUUUACAGAGACUUGAAGCUGGACAAUAUUUUGCUGGACUAUGAAGGGCACGUGCGAAUCGCGGACUUCGGCAUGUGCAAACUGCAGAUAUAUCUAGACAAGACCGCAGACACAUUCUGCGGCACACCCGAUUAUAUGGCCCCUGAGAUAAUAAAAGGAUUGAAGUAUAACCAGACAGUGGACUGGUGGUCAUUCGGCGUGCUGCUAUACGAGAUGCUGAUCGGCCAGAGUCCGUUCAGCGGCUGCGACGAGGACGAGCUCUUCUGGUCUAUCUGCAACGAGAUGCCCUCCUACCCGCGCUUCCUCUCCCAAGAGGCGCUUAGCAUACUAACAAGGUUGCUGGACAAGGAUGCGCGGACACGGUUGGGCGGCGCCGAGUGCAUGCACGGCGACGUGCGCGACCAGGACUUCUUCCACGGCCUCGCCUGGGACCGCCUCGAGCGCCGGGAGCUCGAGGCGCCGUUCAAGCCACGAGUGAGACAUCCAUUGGACACACAAUACUUCGACAGAACAUUCACCGGUGAGCGACCGCGGCUGACCGCGGUGGAACCUCAAGUUCUACGCUCCAUGGACCAGGAACCGUUCAGGGGAUUCUCUUACACGAACCCGAAUGCGACGGAUCGAUAAAAAUAAAAUAAACAUAUCAUGGUUACGAUGGAAUCGAGAAAAUGUGGAACAAUCUGUACUGGUGUAAACCAAAGCAUAGACAAGAAUCAAUGUUUGAAGUACAGAAAAGGGUCCCGUUUUUGUAGACAUCGAUAUUGCGGUUUCAGCAAGUGAACACGAGAUAGUGAAUGAACACUUUUGUGAAUUUAAAACGAGGCACCUGUCCCUUGUUUUAAAGUCGGUCGAUACAGAAUCUCAGCUGACCGGUUCUUUAGUUGCCUAUUUAUGUACUACAUUUAUUAUUGUGUCUGGUACACAAACGUAGAUACAUGCUUUUUAGGUUAUGAUUUUUUUAUUGUAUCAGUAUAAGAGUUAUCUAUCACCUAGUCGAAAAGUAAAUAAUCAAUAAUGUAUGUAUAUAAAUAAUAAAAAUUGUAUGCGGUCCUUACUAGUCAAUCUCACAAAAUAUAAAUCAUUUUUUAUUUUGUAGGUCAGUCAUUAUUUUAGCGGCUGGGCCGAAAUUAUGCAUCUUUAUUGUAAUUAUGUCAUUUGUUAAUUUAUAGCACUGUCAUGAUUAGAUAAGUAGUAUUCAGUGACUUCUUUAUAAAGAAAAAAUAUGAGAGUUUAUUAGAAAAUAUCAAAAUCAAUUCAAACGUCUAAUUAUUUCAGAUAUUAAAUUCGAGAUGCAAUAUACUAUAAAUA